AUGGGUAAUGGAAUUAACAAGGUCCUGCCUAAUCUUUACCUCGGAAAUAUCAAAGAUGCACGAGACAAGGAGCUUUUGGCACAGCACAACAUCACCCACAUCCUGUCCAUCCAUGACACAGCUGCACCCAUCCUGGAGGACAUGACGUACCUGUGUAUAUCUGCUGCUGACCACUCUAAGCAAAACCUGACUCAGUACUUCAGAGACAGCAUCAUGUUUAUCCACGAGUCCCGACUCAAAGGAGAGGGCUGCCUUGUCCACUGUGUUGCAGGAGUGUCCCGCAGUGUGACUCUGGUGGUGGCUUACAUCAUGACCGUGACGGGCCGCGGCUGGGUGGAGGCUCUGGCGGCGGUGAGGGUGGCUCGGCCGUGUGCAGGGCCAAACCUGGGCUUCCUGCGUCAGCUGGAGGAGUUUGAAAACACAGAACUGACAGAAUAUCGAGCCUGGUGGAAGGACCGAUACGGGAAGAACUCGUUCAACGAUGAUGAGGAGAUGGAAACCCUUUUAACCCAGAAAUCUAACAACAAUUGCACAACAACCAGGAUCCCUCCUGCACUGGCCACAAGUGGCACCUGA